AUAAAAAUGGGUUGCUGCUUUGGAACAGAAAAGGAUUCGUACGGCAGGAAGGCUAAUGAUAUGAGGAAUGCGUUGAUAAAGCUAGAUGGUGAGCCUGAUGGUUUGCCAGAAGAGGAUGAUUGGAGAAAUUUGGGAGUAGAAGAGGAGAAAAAUAAAGAGGAUUUCGAAGACAUCGACGGCCAAGUAGACCUCCCUCUUCUCCCAUACAGACCCUCCAACAAAAGAGUAUCCCCCACAAUUUCCCUCUGCACAGGGUCACAAGAAAUAACUCGAACAAUUUUAUCCCGUACUGGCUCUUUCAAAAUAGUCAUGAACAACCGUUUCUUCUUGAAAAUCUACAAGAUAGUUAAUUUGGGACCUAAGAGGAUUAGAGGAAAUUGGAAGCAGAUCUUAGCAGAAGUAAAUGACGACCUUGGCUUUUCCUUUAUAGCCAAUACAGAACUAGAAGUUAGCAAACAGGCUAAGGAAUUAAGAAAGAAAUUUGAAAAUUAUUUUAUGAGCAUUGUUUCCAAGACUAUGCGAGGGCUUGGAGUUGCAUGGAAUGCAAAUUGGGAUCCUAAGAUCAAAAAGAAUUAUAAGAUGUUCAAAUAGAAGAAUGAAUGCACAUUUCAUUAGAAAAUUUGACGAGCUUUGUGAAAUUGAUGAAGAAAUUCCAGAAAAUCUUCAAACAGAUGUAAUUCACGAAAUAAAAAGAGAAAAAUGCGAAACUAAUCUCACCGAAAGACUAAAGCUCCUAAAAACCCAGCUCAAAAGCCUCAAACCCCACCCUCCGCCCUCACCCACCUCCUUCAUCUGCGCCCCUCCCCCCAAAGAAUCCAUGCCAUCCUCUUCCAGCUCAGGCACAAAAUACCGUAAAGGCAUGGCUUGUCCAGACCAGCCCUUGUACACCACAAGAUCAAUGAUGACUUAAAUUUAGGUGAAAUAUUUAGC